AUGGCCGGAAAUGGAAGACACACCGACAGUUUAUGGGGAACCCUUGAGAAAAUGACGGGAUUUUUGGAUCCUGUUUUUUUUAACUGCUCUGUCAUGCUCCAAGUAGCGAACUCCCAUUUCCUUCAAUCCGUCCUCUACUUCAACUUAUUCUGUUGCGGAAUCGCUGUGUUUUGUCUCAUCCACACUUGGCUAUCUAUUUGUCGCUAUAAACUAAUGCAUUUCAACUUAAAAUUGCUCCUGAAAAUCCAUUGCGCUGCUCUCCUGAUGCAUUGUGUUCCUCGAUUGUUCAUGCAUUUGUUCGAUUUGUAUUUCUACUUUAUUGGAAACGAUUGUUAUGAUAUGCAACCCGGAUCCAUGAGAUGCUUUGUUCUACGAUUUCCUUAUAUGUUUGGUCUACUUUUGUCUAGUACUACUACUAUAUUUCUUAUGAUCGAAAGGGGAUUUGCGACUUGUUAUAGUCAAACCUAUGAGAAUGGAUAUAAAUCAAUUGGAAUCACAAUUGGAUUCUGUCAGAUUGUGUGCUCAUUGGUGUUAAUGGCUUCGGUGUUUCAUGAAUAUGAAUUUGAUGCCCCACAUUACUAUUGCUCGAGCAUCUCUGUCACCUUUCCUCUAUGGGUCAUCAUUCCAGAAGUGUUAAUCAUUGUACUUCAGAUUAUAGCGCGAAUUAUAAAUCGAUGUCUCCUGAGGCUGAAUAAGAGAAUUCGUGCCCGAUCUGUUACCGCCACUCUCAGCAAUCGUUACCAGUUGGAAGCCAAUAUGAGGAAUAUUCGACUUCUACAAUCAUUCACACUUUGCGACUUGAUGUUUGUAUUCACCUGUUUCACACUAUCAGCGCCUGUUCACUAUUAUAGUUCAGAAAUGGAACGACCCACUUAUCAUGCGUUGGUGGAAGUAGUCAACUUCGUUCCUCUCUACUCAGUGGCCAUGCCUCUCUACCUAUGGGUGUUUCAGAAAAAGCACCGCGACACUGUCACAAAUACUCUUCACGCAUCUCUCGCUACAUCAUCUGAUCACUACUUCAACGUUUUAAAUCAACAAUUGAGCGUUAAGGAGGACGGAGAGAAACGGACAAGACAAUUGCGGAAAAAGAGAUGA